GGAAAGAAAGACGAGAGCGAGGAGAGAGAGAGUCCAGCCCACUCCGGUAAAACCAUUCAACUGGUGAGCGAGGGAAUGCAUUCAACACAGAGAGAGAGAGAGAGGAAAAGAGGUGGACUGUGAGCCGAGCUGAACUUUGCAGCUUCUGAGAGAACGAGAGAGAAGAAAGACAAAGACAGUGAGAGAGACAGAAAGCAGAGGAAGGAGGGAAGGUGAAUUUUAAACAAGAGAAGACUUUUCCUUCUUCAUCCAGGACUGAAUUUUUCUUCAAACACUUUUGGCCAGAAGUCAACUUUUCUUCAUCUCUUCUGGCUCCGUCUGUGCAUCUGCAUCCGACAGCAUCACCGAAUCCAGCCCGGCAGCCAAUCAGGCGUCUCCUGCCAUCAUGUCCGUCUUACCUCUGCUCAGCUGGACCGUCCUUAUCCUCGUCCAGAGCUGCAGCUCGUCUUCGGACCAGGCGACCAAACUCCAGCCUCCGCCGCUUUCUCUGACCGUCCAUCCUCACCACCAGCCGCUGCCGGACGUCGCCUCCGGCUCCCACUGCCCCUCAUGUGCCCUGGCCAGGAUGAGGAGAAACGAAGGGGGCGCGGCGGCGGACGAUGCGGCAGGACACGAGCGAGACGAGGAGGAGGCGGCUCAGCAGGAUGUGGUGGAGGCGGUGAAGAGGCACAUCCUUAACAUGCUGCAUCUCCAGGCCCGGCCCAACAUCACCCGGCCCGUGCCGCGCGCCGCGCUCCUCAACGCCCUGCGCAAGCUCCACGUGGGGCGAGUGGCGGAGGACGGCAGCGUGCAGAUCGAGGGGGAGGAGGAGGCGCGAGGGCGGGGACGCCAGGGAGGAGGAGGGGGCGGAGCGGCGGCGGCGGCGGCAGCUAGGGCAGGAGACGGCAGUGAUGCACAGGAGACGACGGAGAUUAUCACCUUCGCCGAGGCUGGCGAGUCUCAGGGCGCGGUGAAGUUCAUCCUCUCUAAGGAAGGAGGCGAUCUGUCUCUGGUGGAGCAGGCUAACGUGUGGCUCUUCCUGCGUUUGGCCAAGACCAACCGCAGCCGAGCCAAAGUCACCAUCCGCCUCUUCCAGCAGAGCGGGCUCCCCAACGGACGCCCGUCUCCGCCGCAGGACGACGUCCUCCUGGCGGAGAAAACGGUGGACACCCGUCGCAGCGGCUGGCACACCUUCCCCGUGUCGGCGGCGGUGCAGGCGCUGCUGGAGAGCACCGAGAGCACGACGCUGAGCCUCAGGGUGUCCUGCCCGCUCUGCGCCGACGCCGGCGCCACGCUCAUCCUGGUCUCCGGCGGCUCGGACACGUCGCAGCGCGCCAGCAGGGAACAAUCCCACCGGCCCUUCCUCAUGGCCGUGGUCCGGCAGGGGGACGGCGGCGACUCGCGGCGGCGCAGGAAGCGCGGGCUGGAGUGUGACGGGAAAGUCCGCGUCUGCUGCAAACGGCAGUUCUACGUCAACUUCAAAGACAUCGGCUGGAACGACUGGAUAAUCGCGCCGCCCGGCUACCACGCCAACUACUGCGAGGGCGAGUGCCCCUCUCACGUGGCGAGCAUCACCGGGUCCACACUGUCCUUCCACUCGACCGUCAUCAGCCACUACCGCAUGAGGGGCUACAGCCCCUUCCAGAACCUGAGGUCGUGCUGCGUUCCCACCCGGCUACGAGCCAUGUCCAUGCUCUACUACAACGAGGAGCAAAAGAUCAUCAAGAAGGACAUCCAGAACAUGAUCGUGGAGGAGUGCGGCUGCUCGUAGACGCAGAGACCUGAACUGGACUGGGUAGAACCGGAGAGGAGAAGGACGUCUGAGAGAGAGAGACAGGGAGGAGAUGGAGGGGAGAGAGAAAGAGGAAGAGGUGACCUUGCGAUCGUCACGUCACUUUCAUCCACUGCGCUUCAGCCUUCGCCUCCUCCCCCCGUCCCUCCGUCUCUCCGGGUCGCGCUCCGGGGUAAAAACUCUGCUCCGGACUCGUUCAGCGGAACUCAAGAGAGAGUCUUGAUGGCACUUUCAGAAAAAAAAGAAAAGAAAAAAGAUAGAAAAAAAAGAAUAUCUAAUAUAUUUUUGUUACAAACGGAGGGAGCGAGGCUUAUUUAUGUGGCUGAGACGUUCGGGCACCACUCGACCAGUCAGACCUUGGAGAGACGAGGUGCCUGAAAAACUAUGAACUGAAAAAAAAAAUCUCAAAACUAUGCAACUUGUUUCACGUAUUACGAUCUUAUUGUAUUUUACUUUGACUUGUUUUUGUUUCCCGACUGUUUACUUUUUCAAAAUGUACAAGGAAGAAGACUCUUUUGUAUUAUUUUUUUGGAAGUAUAAAUUUGUGUGUGUGGUUGUGCGUCGUUUUUUUUUCUGUCCAUGCAAGUGUGAAAAUAUGUAUGUGUGUAUGUUUGUGCGUUGAGAGAUACUUGAAAGAAACAAGUUGGCCCGGCUGCUGGAACCAAACACUUCUUUAUGUUACCAUGGUUACCAUGUUGAUGUUAUAAUUAUUAUUGUCAGUAAGUAUAUUAAUAAUAUUAUUGUUAUUGUUAUUAAUAAUAUUUUGUUUGGCUGCAUUUGUGUUGUUAUGUCUGUUUUUUGUUUUUUUUUAACAAAACGUUACAAACGUUUUAAUGUUUUGCACUAUAGCGACGCUCGUGUUCACAUUAGCCACAGACUGAGACGAUCCCGUUUUCGGGGCGGACUCCGCCCUUUACAGGCGCGAGAGUUUCGCAGGUUUGACCCGCACGACGAGCCGGAUGUCGUUGACGGGUUGUCCGAAAUCGCUCCGGGGUUCACGGUCUCUGAAAACACACAAAAUGUGUCAACUGUAGGUUUCUGAAUGUUUUAAAGCCUGAAUUGCAGGUUGCCACAAAAAAUCCUAAUUUGGGCAAAAGUCGGUGGACACCUUUUCUGAGUGUGACAGGCUGAUUCCCCCGUCAUUUAGACGAACGAAAUCACUUUAAAUGUUCUCAUUUUUCAGAACUGACCACAUCCUAAUGUACGUUUUAUUUCCCUAAACAAAGGUCCAAACUUCCAUUAAUAAAAAAACUGAUUCUAGAGUGAAUGCAGCAUCCCUUUCUAUUUAUUUCUGUUGGCCUCAAGUGAUCAAAAUAAAUUAAGUAUUAAAUUGAAUAUAUCGAGUCUAAAGAUACUGGAAACAAGCCUAUAAAAAACCCAACAUGUGCAAGAUUUUAAUUGUAAAAUGUAAAGUCCCCAAAAGCUGCAAAGGCCCCAAGACUUGAUCUCAAUAGCAGCUACAACAUUCUUAAAAUCUUUUUAAUUACUUUUUUUUCAUACCAUCUCCAACAAAAACCUUCUUCAGAAGAUGUCAAACAGAUAUUAAGAGCUAAACGUCAUGUGGAAAAAAUAUCCUGACUUCAAUGUUUCUACAGAGAAUUUGUAGGUUGGUCAAGUCUGUAUCAAGCUAAAUGUUUAGGCAUUUUAAAAAGGAGCUUGUAGAACAUGGUAUCAGUAUUAACCUGCUGAAUGAGACCCACAGCGCUAAUUAACUUCAAGGAAUAGUACCACUGGAGAUCACCACGACACAUCGGGAGCUUCCCGUCUGUCCAGUCAGAUGCCACGAGGACUUUGACUUAAAUGGAGAACAAACGGCACUUAGAUGAAGAUUAAAUGUAGAGUUGGCUCAUAAUUCAAAUUCCAAAAUGGACCAUUGUGAGAUCGACUGAUCGAGCGAAGACACACAAACAAAACGGUAGAUCUCGCAACUCGCACGAGUGGCGGUUUAGCGGCGUCCACCUUAUUAUGUCCUCUCUGUUAGCCUAAAUAUUCAGUGACAGCU